AUGUUUCUCUACCAGCUGCUCAACUUUUUCUUUGCGGCCUCCAAAAAGGAGGAGGACUCUAAGUAUGACCUGUCCUUGUACAAGCGUGGAGACUUACUCGAGGUGCCUAGGACUUUAUUUACUCAUUUUGGUAUCUACCUGGGCAACAACAGGGUGGCUCACCUCAUUCCAGACAUCCUGCCCGCCAUUACCAAGGAUAAAUCUGCAAUAGCUAAAAUGGUGACAAACAACCGCCUGUUAAUGGGUGUCAUCACCAAGGUGGCCAGCGUCAGAGUGGACUCUGUGGCAGACUUUGCAUAUGGCUCCGAUAUCCUGAUCAAUCAUAUGGACAAAGUGUGCAGCCAGCCUCCAUUGGAUGGGGAAGAGGUUGCACGAAGGGCUGAGAAGCUGCUGGGAUCAGUCACCUACAGCUUGCUCUGGUACAAUUGUGAACAUUAUGUCAUGUACUGCAGAUUUGGCAUGGCCAUCAGCUACCAGACAUACCAGUUCUGCACCACAGUGCGUAAGAUCUUGUUCAGCAGAAUGAGCGCCUACCUGACUGCAUUGUGUGGCGUCUGCUUCAUGCUGUACCUGAGCUGCGUGACGCCGCUGACGGUUCUUCUAACUGUGCUCAUCUCCUUCACCAUAUGGAUGGCUUCCUAA